AGGGGUUGACACUGACAAUUAUGGAAACAUUGGGGGAUUAAUGCCAAAAUUUUUACCAAUUAUGGUGGAUCUGUGAAGUCUGCAAUAACAUGGCAGGCAACGGGUACAUGGUAAUAUUUUAACGUGUAGAACACCAGUUCCACGCCACCUUCGUUUUGUGUCGUACUUGUAAUAUCAGCUCUCGAGAAGGAACAAGAACGACACGUCGUAUUGUAUAUUGGUGUAAGUGCGGGAGUGAGUGAGAUCAAUUGAAUAGGAAUUGGUUUGAGUGUGAAGAAGGAAGAUGGCGAUGGCGAGAGCAAGCUCUGGUCUGCAAUAUCCAGAGCGCUUCUACGCCGCGGCCUCUUACGUUGGAUUUGACGGAUCCACGUCUCCUACCAAAGCCCUCACCGCCAAGUUCGCCAACUCCACCGCUCUUCUUCUCUAUAGCCUCUAUCAGCAGGCUAGUAUAGGACGUUGUAACAUCCCUGAACCCAGUUCAUGGAAAAUUGUGGAGCAUAGUAAAUGGGCCAGCUGGAACCAACUUGGAAACAUGUCUUCCACAGAAGCCAUGCGUCUUUUUGUGAAAAUAUUGGAGGAAGAAGAUCCUGGUUGGUAUUCAAGAGCAUCUAACUCCAUUGUAGACCCUGUUGUUGAUGUACAAAUGAAUUAUGAUACCAAAGUUGAACCAGUAAUUGAGAAUGGGAACUCAUAUCCAGAGAUAAAAACUAUUUCCACUGAAAAUGGAAGUCAAGUUGGAUCCCAGGAUAAGGAUGUUGUCAUUGAAGGCAUUGGUUCAGUUGGAGUCUAUGACCAAUGGAUUGCACCUCCUGUAUCUGGUCAACGUCCAAAAGCCAGAUAUGAGCAUGGAGCUGCAGUCGUGCUAGACAAAUUGUACAUAUAUGGGGGAAACCACAAUGGUCGUUACCUUAGUGAUCUCCAUGUUCUUGAUUUGAGAAGUUGGACUUGGUCAAAGGUUGAGGCUAAGGUUGAAGAGUCUACUGACUCGUCAUCCUCAGCAACAUUAACCCCUUGUGCUGGUCAUUCCCUGAUUCCAUGGGAAAAUAAACUUCUAUCAAUUGCUGGGCAUACAAAAGAUCGGAAUGAAAGUAUCCAAGUGAAAGUGUUUGAUCUGCAAAAGGCAACAUGGUCAACUCUAAAGACUUAUGGGAAACCCCCGGUAUCACGUGGAGGCCAGUCAGUUACCUUAGUUGGAACAAGCUUAGUAAUUUUCGGUGGACAAGAUGCCAAGAGAACUCUCUUGAAUGACCUGCAUAUUCUUGAUUUGGAAACCAUGACAUGGGAUGAAAUAGAUGCUGUUGGGGUGCCUCCUUCUCCAAGGUCUGAUCAUGCUGCUGCUAUUCAUGUGGAGCGAUACUUACUUAUCUUUGGUGGGGGUUCACAUGCAACUUGCUAUAAUGAUUUACACGUUCUCGAUUUGCAGACUAUGGAAUGGUCUCGACCAACACAAUUGGGUGAAAUACCAACACCCCGCGCUGGACAUGCUGGUGUGACAGUAGGGGAGAACUGGUUCAUUGUUGGUGGGGGUGACAAUAAGAGUGGGGUCUCAGAGACUGAUGUGUUAAAUAUGUCUACACUGACUUGGUCAAUGGUAACUUCUGUUCAAGGGCGUGUUCCUGUUGCUAGUGAGGGCUCAAGUUUGGUUGUAAGCUCAUGUGAUGGUGAAGACAUACUUGUAUCAUUUGGAGGAUACAAUGGACGGUACAACAAUGAGGUCUAUGUCCUUAAACCAAGCCACAAAUCAACCUUGCAAUCAAAAAUACUUGACAAUCCCAUACCAGACGGUGUUGCUGCUGUGCACAACGCCACAAAUGCUACUCGAGAUCUGGUGUCUGAAUUUGCAGCAGGGCAUGAAGGGAAAGUUAAGGAACUUGCUAUGGAAAAUGUUGAUUCAAUAAAAUCAAAAGGUGAUCUUAUAACAGUCCUGAAGGAUGAGAAAGAAGAAUUGGAAUCAUCACUCAGCAAGGAGAAGUUGCACACACUUCAACUAAAACAAGAGCUGGCAGAUGCUGAAACUCGUAACUCUGACCUUUGCAAGGAGCUCCAAUCAGUACGUGGUCAGCUUGCUUCUGAGCAGUCAAGGUGUUUCAAACUUGAGGUGGAGGUUGCUGAAUUAGGUCAGAAGCUCCAAACAAUUGGAACACUACAAAAGGAACUUGAACUCCUCCAGAGACAAAAAGCUGCAUCUGAGCAGGCUGCCUUAAAUGCAAAACAAAAGCAGGGUUCAGGUGGUGUGUGGGGUUGGCUUGCCGGUACUCCCCCUAGUCAGAAAGCAGAUGAUGCGUGAACGCUUGAUUAACCUAACUUUAUAACAAUGCCACAUUUGGUUUUUUUCAUUAGCCAAUCGUUAUAUCCAAUGCAUUUUUUCUUUCGUUUUGAUUCGGUUCUUUUCGUAGUGAAGGAAAUAAAAUCUAGCUGCUGUUUGGCCCAAAGGAAACCACCCCAUGGGGGUUCUUCCAGUAAUAGAUAUUACACAUAUACUGUAAUUUUAGUUAUGUAGUUUCAUACAGCUCUUUGUCCAGGACAAUGCAUGUUGUUGUUCCCACCAUUUUUGCUGAUUUGUAUUCAAUUCAAAACAAAUCAAUGAUUGAAUGAAAGCAUAGAUAUUCUUUUAUUUGGGAGAGCUACUAACUCUAUUGAAUGAAAGCACGUGUAAUAUCUAUUACUGGAUUAAAAACAUAUCAAUGAUUGAAUGAAAGCAUAGAUAUUC